AUGAGACUCAUCAACACGACAACACUUUCUCUGGAAGAGUUCAUUGGCGAUAACAUACCUAGAUACGCUAUUCUUUCACAUAGAUGGGAGAAUGAUGAAGUUUUAUAUCAAGACAUGUCUUCGCAGAGUCGGACAAGUAAACGGGGUUGGUCCAAAAUACAAGGUUGCUGCCAGCAGGCUCUGGCAGAUGGGUGGCCCUACGUCUGGGUCGACUCUUGCUGCAUAGAUAAAGCAAGCAGUGCAGAACUUUCAGAAGCGAUUAAUUCGAUGUUCCAAUGGUAUUCUAAGGCCGCAAUUUGUUACGUAUACUUAUGCGAUGUUCCGGUCGCAACUCAACAGUCGGCCGAAGAGCUUGAGUACCUACGCAACAGUGAGUGGUUUACACGAGGUUGGACUCUCCAAGAACUACUGGCACCACCGCAUGUAAUAUUCUUCGACCAGGGAUGGAAUGAUAUUGGUACUCGUCGAAGCCUUAGGAGCGUGCUUAUCACUAUCACACGUAUCAAUUGUAUUGAUGAGAAAAGUACGUUCAAAUCUGCUAGCGUCGCCCAAAAGUUCUCUUGGGCAGCUCGAAGAAAAACCACCAGAGAGGAGGAUAAAUCUUAUUCAUUGAUGGGACUCCUAUCAAUAAAUAUGCCAAUUUUAUAUGGCGAAGGUCAGCGAGCAUUCAUGAGGUUCCAAGAAGAGGUCUUGAGAACUUCUGCGGAUGAAUCCAUAUUUGCUUGGGCACCAGAAUGGUACCAGCAAUAUGCUAUAACGAGCUUGCUCGCACCUUCCAUUGCUCACUUUGACACUUGUGGGAACAUUAUCACCAAGAAACUUCCUACCGAAUUCAACAGGAGAGAACCAUAUGCGAUGACGAACAAAGGACUUCGAAUGGAACACCGCAUUCUUUGUGAUCGAGACUCAUUUGACAGAACUAGACAGCAGAGCACUUCAUGCCAAGUUAUCCUAGCUUGCGCUAAAGAAGACUGGUCAACCAUAUUAACUCAAUCGUCUUAUAUCGCUAUUGAUAUAGUGGUAGACCCGGAUUGGGUACACGCACACAGAGUACUUAGCUCAACACUCUCAAGAAACGUCCUCAAUGUUGUCAGUAUGACUACCAUCAAGCCAGAUCAAAUCUUGGUCAAACCGUUAUUUUUCGAGAAUGAUGCGAUAGUCGACAACUCCAACCUCUUCCAUCAACAUUCCUUCCUUCCGGGGAAAUAUUGGUUAGCCUCAGAAUAUCCAUGGAACGUAAUAAAUAUACAACCUGUAACUGACCAUGGAUAUGAACUCGACGAAAUCUGGAAGAAACAUCUCGACAUGACCGAAGCUCGGUGUUUACAUGAACUUCCCCACCGUGACGAGUUCGGAACGGUGUUUUACAAUUUACUUCUGAUAUUUAGACAUCAGUCUUCAAACGACUCCUUCGCUAUCAUUUUGUUUAGAUUCGAAGAGCUGGUCGCCGUCGCCGAUAUUGUUGAAUUAAAUUCUUUGGAAAAUGAAAGCUAUGUUAUGGGUUUAGUGGAGAUUUCUUCGCCUGAAAAAGUGCCUAAGCGGGCACAAGAUCGGAAGUCACGUAGGCUGGUGAAUGGGGACAUUGUCACUGUGAGUAUUAGACUAAAAUUCAUUGAUAACAUGACGUUUUGGGGAGUGGACAUCAAAAUGAUACCGGUGAAGUCCCAUGAGAUGUGCGGGUUUGGCGCUGAUCCUGAACUUCUGAUGCAUCUCUAA